ACCGUUUCGCCAGGAACUUCCGCCGUGCGAGCUCGCUCCGCUAGCGUCCGUGAGAGAAAGUAGUAAGGCUCCGUAAGCGGCGCCCGUUUCGGGCUUCGCCCCGGCCCCCGGCCCUUUUUUUUAACCGGAGAGGGGCGGAGUUUCGUCUGUCCUAGUGAGAAAGAAGCGUUCGGUUGGGCCUGGCGUCUCCAGCCGGGGCUCUCUGCGUGCAGAUUCCGCCCUGUGAGGGGUCGGGGAUCGCGCAUCUGCCACCCCCCACCCCCACCCCCGGUUGGUGUCCGUCGCGUCCGUAACCUUGUCCCUGGAGUGGCGAGUUGGAAGGGGGGUGUUGAGUGCCUCCCUCUUCCCGAGUUUCCUUCCUUCUGCCCUGCCCCCGGCCGCUUUUGCUUCGGUCUCUGCGCUCCCUCCCUUUCUGAAACGUUCCUCUAGACCUACCCGUGGUUCUCUUUACGUGGUUCUAUUUUAAACUGGAAGGAGGGAUUUAAAAAAAAAAAAAAAGUUAGUGGCUUGGUGCAAGUAGAACUGGGCACGGGAUUCUCACCCGAGAGAUCACAUGCUUCCAGGAAAGUUGAUGUUUUUGUUCGCGGGCCGCAUCCGGCGGCGCGGCGUGCGGGGUCUGGAACUCCCUCGGCUUGGCGCGGGGUCCUGGGAGCGCCGUCUCCCGCCCAGAGUUGGAUGCUUGAAAUUGGGAGUCAGUGGGAGUGCAGCCUUUCGUAAAAUGUAAAAUUCCUGAUUCCAGUUUUACUUGCUUUCACGCAUAGGAUUGAGAGUAUCUUGGUUUGCCAGGAGGGCUGGAGUUUGCAGAGUGUUCUAAGUGUUGUCUUUUUCAGAUGUACCACUCUAAAAAAGUUCAGGCUUUGCAACCAGCCUGAACCCAGAGCUCUGAAAUGAUCUUGUUUGAUUCUGGGCCACACUCGGCGGUGCUCAGGUUACUCGGCGCCGCCCGGCGAACCGUUCGGGAUGCCGACCAUGGAACUGGGUCGGCUGUGUGCAAGGCAAACGCUUUUACAAAACCACUGUAUGAUCGCUCCAGCCCAGUUUCCCUUUUUUGAGAGUUGUAUCUAAUGUAAUCCAACAGCUUUUGUUCCUCCUCGAUUAUAUGUCAGACUGGUUGCUCUUAAAGUGUGUAACAAGAACUAUGUAGCCCUGACUCGAGACUUGACUCAUUUGUACUUUGCGAACAUUAGUGAUGUGCGUCCUAAAACUGUUUGGUUCUAGGUUUUUCUGUGAGCGAAAACUGUCAGAAUCCAAAAUAGGUGCGAGGCCCGGAGCGAUAGUACAGCAAGGUAGAGCGUUUGCCUUUGCACGUGGCCGCCCGGGUUCGAUCUCCAGCAUUCCCCAAGCCCACCAGGAAUAAUUGCUGAAGGCAGUGCCAGGAGUAACCCCUGAGCAUCGCAGGGUGACCCCUCCCAGAAAAAAAUUAGAACUGAACACGGGCAGCCAGAUGGCAGAAAAGCUAUUUUCUGAAGUUCUUUGUCUAUCUUGUACAAAUCAAAGCUCAAAAAAAAUACUAUUUGAUAUAUAACACAUCUUGUUGUCUUACGAUUUUACAAAUUUACUUAAAGCGAUGGGCUGGAGUGAUAGCACAGCGGGUAAGGCGUUUGCCUUGCACGCGGCUGACCCGGGUUCAAUUUCUCCAUCCCUCUCGGAGAGCCCGGCAAGCUACAGAGUAUCCUGCCCACAAGGCAGAGCCUAACAAGCUGUGAUAUGCCAAAAACAGUAGCAACAAGUCUCACAAUGGAGGCACUACUGUUGCCUGCUUUAGUAAAUCGAUGAGUAACGGGAUGACAGUGACAGUGAUUUAAAGUGAUAUACAAGUAUGUGCUAAGUCCCUAAAAGCUACUGAUUUACUUGAUGAAGUCAAGGUGUUUAGCUUUCAAGACCUUCCAGACAUUAUGCUUAUCUGCUUUUCCAAUUUCCUCCCCCCACCACUUCAUUGUUUCAACAAUAACUUCAAAUAUUGCCCAAAAUAUAUGCUUUAUGCUUAUGCUCUUCCUUUAUCUGGAUUAUCUCCUGUCUGUUGUAGACAAACCUCCAUAAAAACCUACUAUGAAUUUCUCUUAGGAGGUUACUUUGGCCAUCUUCCAUAAUUUAUGCUUUGUUUGCAGUUACCUUACUAUGUUGAACAGAAUUUUCUAAGUGCAGGAACAUCCUACUCUGUAACAGUAAUAUCGAGGCAUCUCAUAAGAAAAUAUGAAAAUGUAAUGGGGCAGGGCUAGAUAGUCAAGUGGAUAGGGCACUUGCCUUGCACAUGUCCUGGUUCCAUCCCAUAUGAUCCCCUGAGCUGUACCAGAGUGACCCCUGACACCUCUGAGAGUGGCCAAAAACAUCAACAAGAAUUUCUUGAGGGGACCUUUGGAACAUCCAGGUGGAGAUACUUAGUAGGCAGUCAGGUAGUAAAUAGACGAGCUGAAGAUUGUAACCUAGAGGUGAUAAUUGAAUCUGAGGUUAUGCACAAGUGAGAAGAGUUCCAGGAAAUUGUGUUUUGGAGUAACACAUUUUAAAAGCAAGUAAAAUAAAUGUGUGAGGAGACUGACAAAGGGGUAGAUUAGAAAUAGGUCUUGGAGUCAUUUCAAGAAAAUUAUCAAGGAGGGAGACAACAGAAAAAAAUAGCUUUUGAAUGUAUUUUAGAGGCUGAAGAGCUAUUAAACAGUGUGGGGGGCACUUGCUUCGCAUGUGCCUGACCUGGGUUCGAUCUCCAGCAUCCCAUACGGUCCCCUGAGCGAAUCCAGGAGUAAUUCCUGAAUGCAGAGCCAGAAGUAAUCCUUGAGCAUUGCCAGGUAUGGGCCCCACACACUGGGAUCCAAAAAAAAUUUUGUGUUUUUGGUUUGCUUUUUGAGUUACAUCCCGCGGUGCUCAAAGCUUGCUCCUCACUCUGUGUUCAGAGAUCAUUCUAGGCAGUGAUCUGGGGAUUGUUUGUGGUACCAGAGAUUGUAAUAGGGAUGGCCAUAUGCAACGUAAGCACCUUAACCUCUAUUAUUUCUCCAGUCCGCUUUUAAUUUUUAUGUGAAAAGCCUAAAGGAGUUGAAGAUAUAGAUGAUAACUUGUUCCAGAUGAGGGCAGUAUGGGUAUUGAGUAUUGAGAACAACAUAAGUAGUAUUCGCUUGAGAUACAUUUACACUGCUAAUAUUUGUAAGUUAAAAUUUUAUGGGUUUGGUGGCUUUUUACUAUAGUCAGGUCUGGGAAAAUAGAAAUGAAGGCUAAAAACAUAAGGAAGCGUAUAGUUGUAUAUACCAAAGUCAGGCAAACUACAUUGAGGAAUAAUGGAUGAAUGGAAGAAAACCAGUGUUGGCUAAGCUACCCAAAGUCUUUUGUGCUAUAUACCUUACAAUAAAUUUCUACCAAUAAUAAAUUGCCUUAUUUAUAUAGAUACGGUUUUUACAUCAUACUCUUCACUAAUUCAUAUUUUGUUUUAAGAAUCUGCAAGUGUUUUCCAAGAAAAAAAAAGUCAUUCAUUUGGAACUGACGAACAACUUAGCAUAAGAUACUAAAAUGAAAGAAUCAAUAGCUGGUGAAUGUGAUAAGGCAGUUGCACCACAUCUAGAACAUCUGAAAGAAAUUAAGAUGGAACCUGACAAUAAUCAGGAGUAUUGUCAAGCCCAGCAACCCAAAAUUCAGGAGAAUGAACUGAAAAUAAACACUACAUUUUCAAAUGCCUCACAAUUGACGACAGGCAUUCAACUUUCUCUGGCAUCAUCAAGCAUGAGUAAAAUGCUCCCUUCAGAUCCGUCCACAGCAAUUCAGGUUUCCUGUUCCGGUUGUAAAAAAAUUCUUCAAAAGGGGCAAACUGCUUAUCAGAGGAAAGGGUCUACUCAGCUUUUCUGCUCCACUUCAUGUAUCACUGAAUACAUUUCAUCUGCCAGUUCACCAGCUCUUCCCAAGAGAACUUGUUCAAACUGCUCAAAGGAUAUUUUAAAUCUAAAGGAUGUAAUCAGGAUCCAGCCGGAAGAUACCUCUAGCAAAAAUUUUUGCAGCCAAGCUUGUCUUUCAUCAUAUGAGGAAAAAAGAAAACCUUUUGUUGCUAUAUGUAACGAUAACAUUUUAACCAAAUGCAGCAUGUGUCAGAAGACUACUAUUAAGCCAGCCAAAACACUUACAUCUGGUCUUUGUAAAUCAUUGAGACGCUCAGAUGAAAUAGUUGAGAUAUCCAAUGACUUGGGGAAGACAGAGCUUUUCUGCUCUAUUGCUUGUUUCUCUGCUCACAGUAAAGCUAAAAUGGAAUCUUCUACAGUAAAUGUUCCCAUGGUGCACAGUGCUUCAGUGGAGCUCCCUUCUCCAAAGAAAGAUACAACUCCAGUUAUAAGCAAUAUAGUAUCAUUGGCAGACACUCAGGUUGCCGUGCCCAUCGUGAACUCUGGUAUCUCACAAGAUCCAGUUCAUUCAGAAAGAGCCAGUGAUGUGGCAGAUACUCCUAGGAGUUCACCCUGUGAAUCAAGUACUGAUGUUACUAAUAGUACUGUAGAGCAACCAAGCCUUUCACCAUCUUCAUCAGUACCCAGUCAGCAUACAGUUGACUCCAGUAUAGAAGUUCAAGAAGAUCAAGGGUCAAACCAAAAUCCUACAUGCAGUAUGAAAUCUGUGAAAAUAACUGAUGGACUCUGUCACCCAAAAUUUACAUCGAAAGUACAAAAAGGUAAAUUACGAAGCAUUAAAAAAUGUUGCUGUUCUAGAUUUCAUCAUUUGGGAAACAGUAUUAAAAAGGACAUGACAUUCUGUUACUCAUGCCAGUUGUUCUGCCAAAAAAAUUUCAGUUAUGGAGGAGAAUCAUUCACACUCCAAGAAAUUUCUAAAUGGAAAAAAACCCUGGAAAAAUUUAGAAAGCAUGAAAAAAGUGAAAUGCAUUUGAAGUCAUUGCAGUUUUGGAGGGAAUACCAGUUUUGUGGUGAAACGGCCAAUAAUAAUAUACCUAUUAGUUCUAAACAGAUAGAAGAAAAUAAAAAAUACCUAAAACUUGUCAUUGAAAAUAUUUUAUUUUUGGGGAAGCAGUGUUUAUCCCUGAGAGGAGAUGAAAAGUCUGUUUUAUCUAUUAAUAAAGGCAAUUUUUUAGAGUUGUUAGAAAUCAGAGCAAAAGAUAAAGGAGAAGAAAUAUUCCAACUUAUGACUUCCCAACUUGACUUUUAUAAUAGUACACAAAUUCAGAAUGAUAUUAUUGAAAUAAUCAAGAGUGAAAUGUUGCAAGAUAUUGUAAAUGAGAUCAAUGUCUCCUCAGCUUUUUCAAUAAUAUGUGAUGAGAUAAGUGAUAAAGGUAUUAAGAAUCAGAUUUCAAUUUGUGUAAGGUAUCCACAUAAAACAUCAAAGGCUAUCUUAAUUAAAGAAAGAUUCUUGGGUUUUAUAGAUGUUGAAGAGAUGACUGGGACCAACUUAUAUAGGACUAUCAAAACUUACCUUCAGCAACUUGGAAUUAAUUUGAAUAAAAUACGUGGCCAGGCCUAUAACAGUGCUGGUAAUUUGAGGGGAAAAUUUAAUGAAAGUGCAGAAGAAUUCAAGAAGGAAGAGCCACGAGCAUUGUAUACACAUUGUCAUGCACAUUUUUUGGAUUUGGAAGUAAUUAGGUUUUGUAAAGAAAUAAAAGAACUCCGAAGUGCUCUAAAUACUCUCACUUCUUUGUUCAACAUUAUUCAUAUGUCUGGGGAAAUGUCAGCAAAAUUUCAAAACAUUUGUAAAUUAAGUCAAAACAAAAUAUGCAAGAAACAUGUAUCACAGACAUGUUGGACAAUCCAUGAUCAGAUACUGUUAUCUGUGAUUGAGGGCCUCCCAGAAAUUAUUGAAACACUAGAAGUUGUAUCGAGUCAUUCUUCAGACACAAGUUUAGCUGAUGAAUUGAGUGAUCUAUUGGCAUUAGUUUCUAAAUUUGAGUUUAUCUUUUGUUUGAAAUUUCUUUAUCGAGUACUAAGUGUUACAGGAAUUCUUUCCAAAGAACUUCAAAGUGAAACCUUAGAUAUUUUUUCUUUGUCUCCAAAAAUAGAAGCAAUUUUGGAAUGUUUAUCAUCUGAAAGAAAUGAUGACGAUUUCAAAACACUGUGGGAUGGAACAGAGGAAAUAUGUCAAAAAAUAACCUGUAAAGGUUUUGAAGUUGAAAGCCCUUCUUUUCAGAAAAGAAGAAAAGUUCAGAAAACAGAACAUGGUGGUUUAAGUAGCAUGUUUUCUCCAAUUUCAACAGAAGAUCGAUAUAAAAUUAAUAUUUAUUACCAAGGAUUAGAUAGUAUAUUACAAAAUUUAAAAUUAUGCUUUUCAAAAUUUGAUUAUUUAAAAGUUAAGCAAGUUUCAGAACUAUUACUUAAAUGGAAUGAACCAUUAAGUGAAUCAACAGCCAAACAUAUCCAAGAAUUUUAUAAGCUUGAUGCGGACAUCGUCCCAGAACUUCGAUUUUAUCGACAAUAUGCAAAACUUAACUUUGCCACAGAUUACACUCAUAUUAAUUUCAUCAAUCUUGGCUAUUUAUUUAUUCAACAUGGUCUUCACAGUAAUAUUCCUUGUAUAUCAAAGUUGUUAUAUACUGCAUUGUCUUGGCCAGUUUCUUCGGCAAGUGUUGAAAACUCAUUUUCUACACUGUCCCGUCUUAAAACAUAUUUAUGUCAUACCAUAGGACAAGAGAAGCUUAGUGGCCUGAGUCUAAUGGCUGUUGAGCAAGAAUUGGUAAACAAAUUGAUGGAACCUGAAAGACUGAAUGGAAUUGUGGAAAAGUUUGUCCAUCAAAUGAAAGAAGUAUAAUACUUUCCCAUUUGAACAUACCUAAAGAAUUUUUGUUGGAAUAUUGCAGGUUUUACUUCAACUUUUUUGUUUUGUUUGAAGCCAAACCUAGCAAUGCUCAGGUCUUAAUCCUUGGUCUGCAUCAGGGAUCAUUCCUCUGGGCCUUGGGGACCAUAUUGGAUGUCAGGGAUUGAACAUGAGUCAGUCAUCUGUAACCCAAGUGCCCUACCCACUGCGCUGGACCUUUCAAAUGUCUGUCUUUUAAGAAAAAAAACUUGAAGGUUUAAGAAAAAACAACUUGAAGAAAGCCUACGACAUGCAUUUGGCUCAAAUUUCAGAAGACACCAAAUGAUACCUGCUGAAAUGUCUUCCUUUUCUAGUAUCUGGUUCCCCUUCCCUAAGUGUUAACUGUUUAUAAAAUAUUCUUUCCAGAAAUUGCCAGUAUAUUAACUAAAUAUAGUAGAUUUUAUAUUCCCAUUUUAAAAAAUAAAGAUUUUGGAUAUCUGAA